UACGGUUUCACCCAGAGCUAGAGGUGGGGACUCUCUGGAGGGACAGAGCCGGACCAGACAUCGGUGGGUGUCCCGGCUGCAGAACAAGGAUGGACAGGAAGCCCCCUGAGGAGAUGCUCUUCAAAGACCAGGACUUCUCCUCUGACUUACUGAGGCAGCUCAACAACUUGCGACAGCAAGGGCUCCUGACGGACGUGCGCGUCUGCGCGGGCGCCACGGAGCUGCCGUGCCACCGGAACGUGCUGGCCUGCAGCAGCCCCUACUUUCGGGCCAUGUUCGGCGGCAGCUUUCGGGAGAGCCGCGAGGCCCGCGUGCAGCUGCAAGGCCUGGAGCCGGCCACGCUGGGCCAGAUCGUCCUGUACGCCUACACCGGGGAGGCGCACAUCACGGCGCGCAACGUGCUGGCGCUGCUGGAGGCAGCGUCCCUGCUACAGUACCUCAAGCUCUUUGAGGCCUGCUCGGCGUACCUGCAGGGCCAGCUGAGCCCCGGCAACUGCCUGGGCCUCCUUCGGCUCUCGGACACCUUCAGCUGCGAGACCCUCCGCCGGAAGGCCCGAGACGUGGCCCUGACUCGGUUUCCCGAAGUGGCCGCCACGGCCGACCUCAAGGAGCUGGGCGCCACGGAGCUGCGCGACUACCUGGGGGACGCAGCGCUGUGCGCCGAGGAAGAGACGGUGUUCGAGGCCCUCAUGGCCUGGCUGCGGCACGACGUGGGCAGCCGCAGACCGCACAUGCUGGAGCUGCUGCUGCAGGUGAGGCUGCGGUACAUCCACCCCGCCUUCUUCCACCACUUCAUUGCCAGCGAUGCCCUCCUGCGCUCCUCGCCCGCCUGCAGGGCCCUCCUGGAAGCAGCCAGCAGGCAGGUGUUCUCCCUGCACGGCGCCUCCAGCCUCCCGGGCCCGUGGCACGUGCCUCCCAGGAACGCGUACCGAGAGUUCCUCCUCCUCGUGGGGGGGAGGAAGGACAACCAGCAGACCACCCGCGACGUGCUGCUGUACGACGGGCAUAGUGGCCGCUGGCAGGGCCUGGCCAAACUCCCCGUCCGGCUCUACAAGGCGGCCUCGGUGGCCCUGCACCGCAGCAUCUAUGUGCUGGGGGGCGUGGUGGUGGGCGAGGGGGCGCACGUGCCCAGUCGCCAAGUCUACGUUUUCUCCCUGAAACUCAACCAGUGGAGUCUGGGGCAGCCCAUGCUGGCCGCCCGCUACUCCCACAGGAGCACGGCUCAUAAGAACUUCAUCUUCGCCAUCGGGGGCAUCGGAGAAGGGCAGGAGGUCCUGGGCUCUGUGGAGAGGUACGACAGCGUGAGCAACAUCUGGGAGACUAUGGCCAGCAUGCCGGUGGGGGUUCUCCAUCCCGCUGUGGCCGUAAAGGACCAAAGGCUGUACCUCUUUGGAGGAGAGGACGCCAUGCAGAACCCUGUGCGCCUUAUCCAGGUUUAUCACCUUUCCAGAAACACAUGGUUCAAAAUGGAGACAAGGAUGAUCAAGAAUGUGUGUGCCCCCGCGGUGGUGCUAGGGGAGCGGAUCGUCAUCGUGGGAGGUUACACCCGGAGGACUCUUGCUUACGACCCCCAGUCAAACAAGUUUGCCAAGUGUGCCGACAUGAAGGACCGGAGGAUGCACCACGGGGCCACGGUGCUGGGGAAUAAGCUGUAUGUGACUGGCGGCCGUUGGCUCACCAGUGACUGCCGCAUCGAGGACUCGGCCGCCUUUGACUGCUAUGACCCCGACACGGACACCUGGACGUCACAGGGAGAGCUGCCACACACACUCUUUGACCAUGCCUGCCUCACCCUGCAGAGCCUCCCCAGCCCAGCCACCUGCUCCCGGGGCCAUGAGAACCCCACUUCCCUUACAGGAGACCUUUACCCCAAGAACUGACCCCACAAAAAGGAUGCAGGGAGAGCUCAAAGGACUGAAAGUUCCAGAACCUGGAGGCCUGGAAGCAGGCAUGCAGUCGGCAGAACUCUGUUGUGUGAGUGUGUGUGUACGUGCACAUGUCCUCUGUCUCUGUCUCUCUCUCUCUCCCCUCUCUCCUUCCUACCCAUCAUUUUUCUCCCCCUAUUCCUUCUGUCUCUCUCUCCCUCAUCCUCCACCCCACUCCCCAGCUCUUUCCUUCCUUCUCUACCUCAUCUCUACUAGGUUUCUUUCUACAAGCUUCUUCGUCCACAUGGCACAAGGACAAUGACAGUGACAACAGAUAAAUCCAGACUCACAUUCUUCAAGCCAGAAUGCAACUAUUCUCCACAUAUGAACCAGAAACAACGAUGCCAAGGGGGCCCUUUUGCAUUCCAUACCUAUCUCUAGAACCCUCACUGUGCCUGGUCAUGCAGCCACUCUAACAAGCUAGACCCCAGCCCCUAAUUAGAAUUAGCCCCUAGGUAGAAUGGGGCACACCUGUCACUGACAGGUCCUGGAAAUGGCAUGUGACCCAUCAACAGCUGUUGCCCCAAAGGAAGAGAGACUGGGUUUGAGGAGCCUUCUCUGCCUAGAGCACACUGAAAUCCAGCACAAGGCUGAGCAUUCCUCGAGAGUUCCUGCAGGCCUCUGGACCAGGUGGCCCCAAGAGAUAUCAGUCAUGGCUGUGUUUCUCUGAAUUCUAUGUGUUGCAGCCUGUUGCAGUUUCAGAAAAGUAAGACCAAUUCAGCAUCAUGUGCAUGCAAUAUUAUCUGCACUACCAGAAUAAAUAUGGUUUCUGGUGGCAAAUGAUGGGUUUUUUUUCUGCAGCCUGCAGGGAGCUAUAGAGCUGUAGAAUUAAUCAAGAUUUUCAUUUUGGUAAAUGUCCUGCGCAUUGCUCUCUGGAGGCAAGUCAACACAUUCCUUCAGAGAUUACGGCCGUGACUGCCUUUCCCCAGAGCCCCAAUAAUCUCAGCACACCUCCCACACUGGCUCGAUCCCAAGCUUGGAAUAAGCUGGAGUUGGUGGCGUGUCCCAGUCACCAGAGAAGACAUCUGGUAAUGAGGCUGAGUCCCAGGCAAAGCAAGUGAGCUGGGAUUCCCUGAGAGUGUCCCCAGGGUGCUGUGACUUUGAAAAGCAUUCAGGAGGUUGAAGAGAGAGAGUACAGUAGGUAAGGCACUUCUCUUGCAAGUGAUCAAUUUGGGUUCAGUCCUCGGCACUGCAGAGGGUUCCCUGAGCACCACCAGGAGUGAUCCCUAAGUACCGAGCCUAAGUUCAGGAGUAUCAUAGCCAGGAGUAUCAUAGCCAAAAAACAAAAUCAGGUAGGGGGUUGGAGGGAAAGCACCCAGAUCUGGCAAGGUGUGGCCCGGUCCAGAACAGUUGUGGAGAUCCCAUCCCACCAGCCCUGUUCCUCAGAGCGAGGUGGGUCUGUCCCUCUCCCCACUGGAGAAGCCUGCUGCCCUGAGCUGAUGCCUCCUUCCCCCUCCAGCUCUCCUGACUUAUGUUUCGAACAUAUCUCUUCCAAGUAUGUAUUUUUGGCCCUUUGGUUUCUCCUGCUGAGAUCUGAAACUCUGCUCUGAGCUCUAGACCACUUGCUUGCAAUCCCUAUCCCCCACCCAGCUUGUCAGACUGGCUCCCGUCUGGACACCGUGCCCUGAGCUGUUGACUGGCCUCUUGCCAAACCUCUUGCCUUUGAGCUUCUCUGUUCAGGCUCUCAAUGCCACCCUACCCCCUCCCCACUCCAAAACAGUACUUGCAAAGUCACUAGUGAUUCCCACGGGGCCAACUGGCAGUGCAUUUUCAUUUCUUGUCCUACGUGACCAGUCAGCCACAUACCAACGGCGGGCUAGCUCAUCACCAUUAAGUCUUUUCUUUCCCUGUAUCUUGGAUUCCAGUAGUUCUUGCCUCUCAUCCUUGCUCUUGUUAGAUCUUUUUCCUUAUCUAUUCUUCCUUAGUUGAGUGGGCUUAUCCAGGAACUAACUGUAAACUAAAUUUCUAAUUAGCUUCAAAUUCUGCUCAUUUUUCAGUUUCUUUUAAUUACAGACUCUACAGCUUGCCCUACAUGUCCACUCAUAUUAAAUAGAUACUUCUCAUGAAAUGUGUUCAAGAAAGACGACUCUGGGGCCUCGGGAUAUGAUUCCAUGCUGGAGAGCAAGCUUGGAUGUGAUCUCUGACCUUAGAGUAAAACACAUGUGUCACAACCACCGUUACUACAUCAAGACCCUCUUUCUUCAUCAAGCCAACUCCUUUCAUAGAUUUCUUCAUCUUGAGAAGGCCCCAAAUCUCAGACAUUAUUCUAAACUCCCUUUUUAUCAUGCUAUGCUGUGUCUAUUGCCAGUUUACCCAGAGCCCUUCAGGCUGGAACAGUAGUACAGUGGGUUAUGCAUUUGUCUUGCAUGAAGUAGAUCCAGGUUUAAUCCCCAGCACCUUAAACAGUUCCUUGAACCCACUAUGAGUGAUCCGUGAGUGCAGAGUCAGGUGUAAGCCCUGGGCACUGGCGGGUGUGGUCCAAAAAAAAAAAAUGGAUCCCAGUUGCAUCUCACUACUCACAGCCCUAACUCUUAGCCUACUCUGCCACCUUUUCUCUCCUGAACUGUCACACAUUUUAUUUUUUAACUUUUACUUUAGCCACUGAGUAUACAAAACAUCUUCAUGUUCUAACCAGUCCCAUCAGGGACUGGACACCUCCAUUCCCAGUCAUAAUAUUCACAGUUUCACAAUGCUGUCAAUGG